GAUUUAUUGAAGAAAGGAAGAUUUGAUUUUUAUAGGAGAGGAAGAUUGUAUAGGAAGAUAAAUAGUGUAAAGAUCAUGAUAUAAACUGGCCGAUAUUGAAUACAUCUAUUAUGACUUUAAGACAGAGUACAUCACUAUCUUCUCUCUCAUCUCUUAGUAGAGAUAAUUAUUCUCCCAACAGUCAUUAUACUCGUAACAACUUACUACCUGGACAAUGGAAGUCUCGGUCUAUAGACAGAAAUAUGGAGGGAGACUUACCUGAGGACAAUAUUCAACGCCAUUCCUCACAAUCUAAUAAAAAUAAAUCAGAGAGGGGAUCGGGAAACAAGAAGAAAACAAAGAAGAAACAUUUGAUUACAGCUAAUCUAAGUGGCACUAGAUAUGAAGUUGUUCGACAAAUGGUAGAGAAGUUGGGUUAUUCUGUAUCUAAAGAAGAUGAUUGGGGAGCGUAUUUAAUAUGGAAUGAUAGUUUUGUAUCGUUUGAUAGAAUAUCAGAUUUAAAAUCAUAUCAACGAAUGAAUCAUUUUCCUGGUAUGGGAGAGAUAACACGUAAAGAUUCCUUGGCGAGAAAUAUUUUAAGAUUACAGAAGGUGUUUCCUAAUGAAUAUGAUUUUAUACCAAAAACGUGGAUAUUGCCUUCAGAUUAUAACUUACUACUGGGCCAUGCUCGAGAAUUAAAAUCAAAGAAAAAACAACGUACGUUUAUAGUCAAACCAUCGAAUGGUGCACAGGGACAUGGGAUAUCAUUAUAUCGGAAUGCAGAAAAGAUAAUGCAGUCUGAACACACAAUAGUUCAAGAAUAUAUUGAUAAACCUUUAUUAUUGGAUGGUUUUAAAUUUGAUUUACGGGUAUACGUGUUGGUUACGUCAUGUGACCCACUUCGUAUAUUCUUAUUAAAUGAUGGUUUAGUUAGAUUGUGUACAGAGCGCUACAUUCCCCCCAAUGACAGUAAUGUAGGCCGGCUUUAUAUGCAUCUAACAAACUAUUCAAUUAAUAAACACAGUGAGACGUAUGAGAAAAGUAUGGGUGUUGAUACAGGAAGUAAACGUUCUAUUCAGUAUCUUAACGAAUAUUUACGACGAAAUCACCACGAUGUAAAUAAAUUAUGGACUGAUAUAUCUGAAAUGAUAGUAAAGACAAUGAUAGCAGCAGAACCUCAUGUGUUACAUGCCUAUAGAAUGUGUAGACCUGGCCAGUCUACUGCUGGUGAUAGUGUCUGUUUUGAAAUUCUGGGAUUUGAUUUUAUGGUAGAUAGGAAAUGUAGACCUUGGUUGAUUGAGAUAAAUCGUUCACCAAGUUUUGGAACUGAUGAAAAGAUAGACUAUGAUAUUAAAUCAGCUCUAGUAGAAGAUACACUCAAACUUCUUAAUAUCAAAAUUAGUGAUAAAAGAAGGAAUUUAGCAAAUCAAAAAGCCGAGGCUCAGAAGAGAUUGUUUCGAACAACAAAGAAAGGAGAUGGUUCAGACAUGACAGAAUUACAACGAAAACAACAAAAUAUUGCUAAAAAGAAGGAAGAACUGAAAGAACAGUUAAACAAAGUUCGUAAAGCAACAACUAGAGAAGACUAUGAAAACAGAAACUUGGGUCGAUUUCGUCGAAUAUUUCCUAGUGAUGAUAGAUUACGUCAAGAAAGAUAUUGUAAUUUAAUGACGACUGCUUUCGCUACCAUGCUCUCCGGUCGUAAUAACAAUAUGCAGAAAGAAAUAGAAAGGACAUAUAAUAAUAGAUUAAGGGAAGAAGAUAUAUUAGAUCAAAUAGAACAGUGUGAAGCUGACGAGAAAGAUGGCCGAUUAUUUCCUAGUCAUAGACCACCCAGAGCUCCUAAACCUCUUACCAGUAUGCCAGAAAACCUGCCAACAGUUUCCAAUGAUGACGAAGAUGACAGUGAUGAUGAUUCCAUAAUCAAAAGACCUCACUCUCGAUCCAGACCACAGUCUUCCCAUCACCGUAGUAACUCUGAAAAAACCCAAAAUCAACGACCUGGUAGUAACACAUCACUACAGAGGUCAAGGUCAUUGACUCGUGUUGUAGGAAAUAAUAAAACAACUUCAAGAAAUGGACUGGAUGAGAAUGUACUGUCUAAUAUUGUCCGUGAUAAGGAAGAUGAAUUGACACGUAAAACAUUAACAGCUCUCAACGAAAUGAGAAUCAAAUUCCCUGGUAAAUCUGAUUCUGAGGCUGAUAACUUAUUAGAUAGGUUACAUGAGAAUAUGAAGUUUCACAAACCACGAAUAGCAAAUUACUGGCUGGUGAAGUUAGAUUCUAUAAAACGACGUAAAGUGAUUGAUAUAGUUCGGUCUAAUGUCCGAGCAGUCUUACAGAGAAUCUGGAAAUGUUCAGAUAUAGAUUCUCUCAGGAUUUAUCGUAUAUUUAGUCGUGUUUUUAACAGGUUGCUAUGGAGUCAUGGACAAGGAUUAUGGAACUGUUUUGCAUCUAUAGGGAAUACAUGGGAGACUAUAUUUAGUAAGAGUUCUGAUAGUAUCAAUGAAUAUGAGUUAUAUUGUUGUCGAAGGAUUGUACAGCUAUGUAAAGAUUGUUUAUUGAUAGUUUAUCAGUUUGCCACUGAAGCCAAGUCUGCGCCCCAGUCUAAUAGUGACACUGAACAAGAUUCACAACCUCCUAAUCUACAACGAAAUGGUUAUGGGUAUGUAACAAGUAGAGAUAAACCGCCAGCCUCCUGGAAUCCACAAACAUUUAGUCAACGUUAUUCUAAACUCUAUCAAAAUAAAGUCGAAGGCAUGACGUGA